AUGGAUUCGGGAGACCAGUUUCAUACAGUCGCAUUCAAGAACCAGAUACUCAAAAUAAGCAGCAGGGGCGACUACACCCUCGUGUUCAUUCUGAAUGAGGCAUUCGACUACGACGAAAUAAGGCAGAUUGCAGAUGAAAUAGGCGGAAGUGAGGAUGUGGCAGAAGCAAUAGCAAAGUACGCCCAAGAAUGA